CCCUGUGAAUCUCCUGACCACUCAGAUACCAUCCAUUGUCAGAGCUUUGCACAAACAGCUGAAGGAAAAGAGUGUGAAAACCAGACAGGGAUGCUUCCAUCUGUUGUUGGAACUUGUUGCUGUUUUGCCUGGGGCUCUGUCUGAUCACAUCAGUGCCAUUGUUCCUGGAAUACAGUUUUCACUUGGAGAUAAGAGCUCAACAUCAAAUAUGAAAAUCGACACCCUCGCCUUCCUUGGCUGCAUUCUAGCCCAACAUCCACCCAAAGUUUUCCAUCCACAUAUUCAUGUACUAGUUCCGCCUGUUGUGACAGCAGUUGGCGAUCCAUUCUACAAGAUCACUUCCGAAGCUUUGAUGGUCACUCAACAGCUGGUCAAGGUCAUCAGACCUCACGGAGUGCCAGCAAGUGAAUUUGAAUUUAGGCCGUAUGUGAAGGAUAUUUACCAAUGUACUCUUGUCAGACUCAAAGCUGCCGAUAUUGACCAGGAGGUCAAAGAAAGAGCCAUAUCAUGCAUGGGUCAGAUUCUGUGCAGCCUCGGCGAUGAACUUAGUCAGCAACUUCCACAGUGUCUCCCAAUAUUCCUUGAUAGACUGAGAAAUGAAAUCACAAGGCUAACUACUGUCAAAGCUUAUUCACUGAUUGCAGGAUCACCACUUAGAAUUGACCUCUAUACAAUACUGGGCGAUUCUAUGCCAAUUCUUGCCUCCUUCUUGCGCAAGAACCAAAGAGCACUUAAGCUAUCAACCUUGACAACCCUCAAUGUUUUGGUUACUAAUUAUGGUCAUUUAUUGUCUCAAGAGAACAUAUCAGGAGUAUUGACAGAGGUUCCGCCCUUAAUCAGCGAAAGCGAUCUUCAUAUCUCACAGCUCUCACUUACAUUGUUAACUUCUGUUGCCAAGAUCCACAAGGACAGCAUGGCGCAGGCCUGCACUUCCACUCUGCCAGCCAUCAUGGUUUUGAUAAGGUCGCCACUUCUUCAAGGUGGAGCACUGAAUGCUACUCUCACUCUUCUUACUGAACUGGUUACUUCUGGAAUAAAAGGAAUGGGAUUUAAAGAUCUCUUCCAGUUCUGUGUAGGUAAAAUUGCUGCAGGAAAUUUGAACUUGUAUUUACCUUUCCUGCUCAAGGAGAUUCAAGCAAAUCCCAAGAGACAGUAUCUGUUGCUUCAUUCUCUUAAAGAGGUGAUCUCAUGUGAAGCAGGAAGUCCAACAGGAGUUGAAGCUUUAAGACCAUUUAUUAGCUCAAUAUGGACUUUGUUAUUCAGUCAUUGUGAAAGUACGGAAGAAGGAACGAGGAACGUUGUCGCCGAAUGUCUGGGGAAACUGACUCUUGUAGAUCCAUUGCACCUUCUACCACAGCUUAAGGACUACCUGAACUCAGACUCAGCCUUUGCUCGGAGUACUGUGGUGACAGCUGUAAAAUUUACCAUCUCGGACCAUCCUCAGCCGAUUGACAGCCAGCUAAGAGGAUGCAUUGGAGAUUUUCUCCGAACAGUACAGGACCCUGAUUUGAAUGUCCGCCGUGUCGCUUUAGUUACAUUCAACUCAGCGGCUCACAAUAAACCGAGUCUCAUCAGAGAUUUGUUGGAACAAAUUCUUCCUCGACUGUACAACGAGACGAAAGUCAGGAAAGAACUCAUUCGCGAAGUCGAGAUGGGACCGUUUAAGCACACUGUUGAUGAUGGCUUGGACAUCAGAAAGGCAGCGUUCGAAUGUAUGUAUACACUUCUCGACACAUGUCUCGAUCGCCUCGACAUCUUCGAGUUCUUGAGCCAUGUAGAAGACGGACUUAAAGAUCACUAUGAUAUCAAGAUGCUGACGUUCCUGAUGUUAGUGCGACUGUCUUCUUUGUGUCCUAAUGCUAUAUUACAGCGUGUGGAUAUCCUCGUGGAACCGUUACGUGCGACGUUGCAAACGAAGGUGAAGGCAAAUUCCGUGAAGCAAGAAUUCGAAAAACAAGACGAGCUGAAGAGAUCGGCGCUGAGAGCCGUAGCUGCCCUGCUGUCGAUUCCAGAUAGUGAUAAAAGUCCCUUGCUCAGCGAAUUCCUAGCGCAGAUCAAAUCAAGUCCUGAGCUGUCCGCCAUGUUUGAUUCCAUCCAGAGAGAUGCUGGUUCAGCGGAAAGCAUGGACACUAGUUAAAGCGUGUUACCCUGUUUGUCAAAUAAAAAAAUAAUGAUUCCCCCCCCCCCCCCCCAAAAAAAAAAAAACACAAUUACCAGAAUACCGUCUGCAAGGAGGUAUAAAACAGUAACAAGGAGGGCAAGUUUUCAAAAAAACUAUUGUAGUUUGUCUUUACACCAAAGAAAACAUUAUUUUAAAACAAAACUGUUGUAAUUUGCAUAACUUGUUUAGAACUCAACGCAUUUGCAAUUAGAAAACCCUUUUUUCUCGUUACCUUUAUUUAACAAGUUCAAAUGAUCAAGAAGUGAGAAUAAAGGAUUUGAUUUUGUUGGUAAGAAACU